AUGGGACGGGCUUCGCCAUUAGUUUUAACUCUAUUGGCUUUUGGCUUUUUUUUUGCCACAUACAAUAUGGUUACCAUGAUAAUGCACAAUAGAUCUAUUGGGAAAUGGGUUCAUGACGAUUCGGAUGGUGAGAUAUUUUUCGAUCCAGUUAUUGAAAUGCCUGAAGAUGUGAAGAAACCAAAGAAUGCAAAAAUGCCCUUCCAUGUUGCCUUAACAGCAACUGAUGCUCCUUACAGCAAAUGGCAGUGUCGCAUUAUGUACUACUGGUAUAAGAAAAAGAAAGACCUGCUGGGGUCGGAGAUGGGAAGUUUUACACGGAUUUUGCACUCUGGAAAACCUGACAACUUGAUGGAUGAGAUCCCCACAUUCGUGGUUGAUCCUCUUCCAGCAGGUCUUGAUCGGGGUUACAUUGUCCUAAAUAGACCAUGGGCCUUUGUUCAGUGGCUGGAAAAGGCUACAAUUGAGGAAGAAUAUAUAUUAAUGGCAGAGCCUGAUCACAUAUUUGUAGAUCCCCUUCCAAAUUUAGCACGUGGAGGAUUGCCAGCUGCUUUUCCUUUUUUCUACAUCAAACCUGCUGAAAAUGAAAAUAUCAUAAGGAAGUAUUAUCCGGAGGGGAAGGGUCCUGUGACAAAUGUUGAUCCAAUAGGCAACUCUCCUGUAAUUAUCAAGAAGGAAUUGCUAGAAAAGAUUGCUCCUACUUGGAUGAAUGUUUCCUUAAAAAUGAAAAAUGACCAGGAGACUGAUAAAGCUUUUGGAUGGGUACUAGAAAUGUACGCAUAUGCUGUGGCAUCAGCUUUACAUGAUGUGCAGCACAUUCUUCGGAAAGACUUUAUGCUGCAGCCCCCAUGGGAUGUGGCAAUGGAUAAAACUUUUAUCAUUCAUUAUACUUAUGGAUGUGACUACAACUUGAAGGGCGAGCUAACAUAUGGAAAAAUUGGAGAGUGGCGAUUUGAUAAAAGAUCAUAUCUACGUGGACCUCCACCAAGAAAUCUCCCCUUGCCCCCUCCAGGGGUUCCAGAAAGUGUGGUUACCCUUGUAAAGAUGGUCAAUGAAGCUACUGCUAACCUUCCUAAUUGGAAUACAGAAUAA